AUGCGCAGCGUAUUUCAUUUGGAUUUAGCCUAUUUUCUCAAGGAAAUUUUAGGAUAUACAGUGUACGACGCUCUUUGGAUUGACGCAGAAGGAGCGGAGUAUGGUUUAUUUCCGUACUUUUACCGAGGAGGGAAACUGGAUCAAUAUGGAAUAACAAUCUGCCAGUUCAAUAUGGAGCACCUUCAUGUAACUACCGAUCCUGUGCCUGAUCAAAUCCAUAGUCCAAACGAAGAGAAGAAAGAACUAUUUAAAAACUUUAUCUUCAAGUUGUUGGAAGACAAUCGUUAUGCUUUUUUUCGGCCUGUGCAAACGAAACACUUGCGUCUAUACUUUCUGAAUUUCUCGGACAAACAAUGUGUAAAUAAGUAUCUGUUCAAAACAGUGAACUGAAGUCGAU